AUGAUGAGUUCUCAACUAAUUGUGCCGGCUGAAAAGCCACAGAUUCAUCUUGGCGACACCGAGAUCAAUGAGGAAAUGGAAGCUCUCGAAGGAUACGUGGUUGAUCCUAGUCAUUAUUCAGAUCAAGCCUGCCAGCUAAAAAUAAGCGCCGACGGUCGCUAUGUCCUUAUUCCACAGCCGUUAGAUACACCCGAUGAUCCAUUGAACUGGAGCAACAACAAGAAGUGGUUGAUCGUGGCUAUCAUUGCCUAUAUCGCCCUUCUGGCGGACUAUACGGGUGGCACGGCUAUUAUCACGGUUAUCCCUCAAUCAAUGGAAUGGGGAUUAUCCCAAGAAACAGUCCAGAGAGCCGUUGUAGGCAAUCUCUUCACCAUCGGCGCAUGUGGACUGUUCGUUGUCCCAUUAGCCAGCUACUUCGGCCGUUGGCCAGUCACCCUGGUCUUCCAGUGCGUCAUGCUAGGAACUUGUGCCUGGUCCGCCGCAGCAACAAGCUUUCGCUCAUAUCUUGCAGCGCGUAUAAUAAAUGGCUUCUUCUGCAGCGUCGGCCAAGGCGGAGCCCUAAUGUGGAUCAAGGAUCUCUUCUUCUUUCAUCAGCAUCCGCAGGUCAUCAACUAUGUCGAGUUUUCUAUUAUCCUCAGUCCGUAUCUGGGUCCGUUGGUCAGCUCGUUUAUUGUAUCACAUGUGAGCUGGCGAUGGACCUUUUGGGUGUGUACAAUUCUUGCUGGGGUUGGCCUUGUUGCAGUAUUUUUCCUGGAUGAAACACUUUUCGAUCGAAAGAAUCCUCCUCCUUCUCGUGGAUCAUAUCUCUCACGACUGGCCGGAGUUCAACAAGCUAAAGCUCCAUCGAAGGACUUCGUUCAGUGCAUGGCCCGUCCAGUGGUUGCUAUCACUAAGAUUCCUGUGUUGACCAUUCUCAUCUAUUACUUUCUAAAUUUUGCCUGGGUCAUUGGCGUGAAUACCACCAUCGGUAUCUGGUUGAGCAAUUUCUACCAUUUUUCAGCACGAGGAAUUGGCUAUUUUUAUUUCUUUGGCAUUGUUGGCUGCUUGAUCGGCUGGUUUGCGGGUCAUUUUCUACAUGAUGCUGUCGGAAGAUACUACACCAAGCGACACGCUGGCCGUCUCGACCCCGAAGCCCGACUGAUUAUAACAUAUCCUGCAACCCUCCUCUGUUGUGCUAGUUUGAUCAUUCUAGGCUUUGCCUUUGAAAAACACUGGCAUCAUAUGGUGCUUGCAGUAUUUGCGGCAGCUCAAUGUGUUGGCGUCAUGAUCAUCACCACUGCCAUCAAUGCUUACCUGUUGGACUGCUACCCCGAAGGAUCUGGAGAGGUCGGCGCAUGGGUCACGGCCAGUCGCAAUUGGGCAGGCUUCAUGGCAACGUAUAUUCAGAUUGACUGGGUGGCGCGUAUUGGGCCUGCCAAAGCCCUCGGGAUUCAGGCGGCCAUCACAUUCGGGUCGUUGUGUUUCAUGGUGUUUCUGCAGAUGUAUGGGAAGCAGAUGAGGCAGGGGCAGGGGCGGAUGGUAUUUGGGAAGAAAUAA